AACCCGACCCGACCAAUCCGCCGCCACCUCCCCCGCGCGGCCCGCCUAUCUCGCUGCCGGCAACAAUGUCCCUGGCGGCCAUCUUCGUCUUCCUCCUUGUCUCCGCGGUGCAGAUGCUCGAGUGCGUCCUCGAUCUCGCGAGAAGGAGGGGAUCAAUUUCUGAUGAUCAGCUCAAACUACGGAUGGAGAUCACGCAACUUCUCAAGGAGGCUAGUGCACUAUCCACGCCCUCGACGUUUGCGCAGGCCGCAAAACUCAAGAGACUGGCUGCUGCUAAAGAGAAGGAGCUGGCUAAGAUACAAGAUCUGAACGUUAAAGGGAAGCAAUCUUUACAUGAGCAAUAUGACAAGGUUUUGUUGAUCAGCAAGGUUCUAAUCUAUGGUGUGUUCAUUCUGUGGUUUUGGAGUACUCCUGUAACUACUGUUCCUAAGCACCUUCUCCAGCCCUUCGGAAGAUUGUUUUCUUGGAGAGGUGUAGAUGCUGCUACAGGCCGUGUUGUGGUUGGAAUUCUCCCAUGGCUAUUUUUGACCUCUCGUGUCAGCAAGCUGCUGAGUGAGAAACUUGCUCCCAUAUUUCUACAUCCUUAGGGCAGCCACAAUGCGAAUCAAAAGUGAUCUUUAUAGUCCUAUAAAGACUAGCUCAACAUUGUGGAAGGUGGCAAUAGGGACAGGUACUCAAAGCUAUAAAGACCACCCAUAAGGAAUAAAAAAUACUAAACUCUCUCGUCUCACCUGCCAUCUCCUCUCACUCAUCUCUUUGCUGCUGCCACCACUAGCUUGGUGGGGUUUUUUAUUUGUGGGUGGGCCCUUCAUCUAUGGCCUUUCAUCAUUGUAGCAAUGACAUUAGUUUGUGGUCUACUGGCACGAAGGCCCAUCUUAAGGACUGGUUGAGCCAUAUAUUGCCCUCGCCCUUAGGUCCUUCUGAUAGCAUUUUUUAUUGCUUUUAUUUUGUAAUUUUUAUGAUCACAUUCAUAUUUCUUUAUCCUUAAAUCAUGCUUGUUCCUUUCCUGUAAAAUAUUGCUAUUCUUAUGCCCCCAAAGUAUUCUUUAUGU